UCUGUUUCUGCUCUGCUGUCUCUCUUACACACACACUCACACAGAGGGAGGCUGAUAACUGUGAUUCCGCUGCUGAAUUUUUAACGCUGUUGUGGAACUUUUUUUUUUCCAGCCGGGGUUACUGUGGCACCGGGGUACUAUUACACUGACAGAGACGGGGAGACCGGGCUCAACUCUUUUCUGUUGUUUACUGAGGCUACACUGACCCAGACUGUGCAUGGAGUGUAUGGCCCAUCCCGUCCUGAUGCUGUUACCGUAACAUUAUGACCCUUAACACUCAGAGAGAUAAGGAGCCUCUGCGGCGUCGAGGGAGCACACCAAUUCCUCCCCUCUACCAGCAGCUAAGCGGGACUUGGGACCUUCAAAGAUCCCUGAGCACACAGCCAGCACGUCCCGGUCCAACUCGCAGCCACCCUCCUUUAGGGCAGUCAGCAUCUUACCAUCCCGGAGACAAGUCCUUGCACUACCGCGCUCACUGGAGUUCUGACUCAGAUGACGACUCACAGAGUGAAUCAGAGUGCGUUUACAGAGUGGUGUUGCUUGGCGACCAUGGUGUUGGGAAGACCAGCCUCGCAGGCAUCUUUGCUGGAAUCACGGAGAAAGAUGAUCAACCUGGAGAAGAAACAUAUGAACGGACACUGAUGGUGGAUGGAGAGGAAACAACACUAAUUGUCAUGGACACAUGGGAGGGUGAUAAAUCGGAAAAAGGAGACCCAUCCUGUCAUGAUGACUGCCUGAAGGUGGGGAGUGCUUAUGUUAUUGUUUACUCUGUCACCGACCGCUCAAGUUUUGAUUCAGCUGCUGAGCUCCGCAUAACACUGAGGCGCGCUCGACAAGCCGAAAAUCUUCCCAUCAUCCUCGUAGGAAACAAGAGUGACUUGGUCCGGGCCAGAGAGGUCGCUGUGGAAGAGGGCAGCGCUUGUGCGGUAGUGUUUGACUGUAAAUUCAUUGAGACGUCUGCAUCCCUGCAGCAUAACGURUCCGAACUGUUUGAGGGCGUGGUGCGACAGAUUCGUCUCCGUCGGGACAGCAACGAGGUCACAAGGCACAGAAACUCAAUCUACAAGCGUAAAGAGAGCCUCACCAAGAAGGCCCGCCGUUUCCUGGAUCGACUGGUGGCACGAAACAACCAGCGAAUGGCAGUUAAAGUGCGCUCCAAGAGCUGCCAUGACCUAGCUGUCCUCUGAAGACUUGCUUUCAUCAAGACUUUUAUUGCGACUUCUUGAAUGAUUGCCUGUUUGUGAUACUGUGGAAAAUAGCAUCGGCUGUGUCUAUCRCGACCAGCGGGUCAGACUCAGACAAAGCUGUCACUGAAAGAUGAGUGAAUAGAAGACACUGUGACUGUGGGUCCUCUGUUUUACUGUUUUGUGUCAAAUUCGUUGUGACUUUACCUCCAAAUGACGUCAAUAUGAGGAUUUCAGAUGAAUGUAAGAGAUCACCAUUCUAUGGUUUAACAGUGGCAUGAGUGUGUGUGCAGGUGUGUGUGUGUGUGCGUGUGUGUGUGUGUGUAUCAGUAGAGGUGAUGUGACAUUGUUCAUCAUGGGGAACCUGAUCACUGUGUCCACCCUGUUGUUAUCCUGAGAUUUCUUGUGUUCAGAUUAAUGUGCUAAAUAAAAUUUUCAAAAGUCAUAAAAUCAUGUCAACUAGAGCUGUACAAAAUUACUUAUUUUGAGAUUUUUAAAUACUUUUUUAAUUAGCAUUACAUACUUGGCAGUGUCUAUUGAAAAAGUGAAAGUUCUGUCAUUUUUUACCCCUUCAUCCUGCCCAGUUUCCUGAAGAUAAUAUUCUGUUGMUGUUAAAAUAUGACAYCAAACCAAGUCAUGUUGCUUUUACCAUCAUUACAGCCUUAUAAGGGUGAAACACUGCAAAAUUACAUAAKAUUUAAUCUUCCAGGAACCUAGCACUACAUAUAUGUACAUAUGUACCAAYCUGAUUAAAAUGUGAAGCACAUAAUCUGAAAGUGAGGACCCACAUGAUUAUCUAAUAUUAUGUUAAGAGUUCAUGUAGGAGGUUCAUUGGAUUUCCCACAAUACUGCUGACUUUACCGAUCCAGGGUGUGUGGUAAAUGAAAGAAAGACAAUGACAACUUUUYMGUGGUCGCUUGAAAAAUGUUCAGAUAUGAAUUCAUCAUUCAUGUCAUCAAGUGAAGACCAAGGAAUAUGGUGGGACUUGGGGGAUUCUCUGCAGAGGAUCUUUUUAAGUUAAGUGGCUCAUGGUCACUCUGUGGUUUUAUUAAAGCCAGUGAUCAUGUCUUUUGAUUUAGCAACUCCCAGUAACAAGUUGUUGACUUCGCUUCAGUCUGUAAGCCAUCACACCUCCUCUCUGUAUGCUGACUUGACAUUUUUAUUGAUGAAAUCCACUAUGGUAAACUUUGCAGAUGACAUAAUGCAGUUUGAUCUGUGYACUGCUGCACAGUGAACAGAACAGGACUGAGUACACAACUUUGAGGGACCCCAGUAUUCAGAGCCUUUCUGUCAAAAUGUCAAGGAUCCAGUUGCAGAGGGAUGUGUUUCCACAGUAAUUCUCAAGUCAACAAACAUAACUAAGCAAAUAAACYUUUUGCCUUGGAUUCCYUCUAUAUYGAAGCAACAGAAAAUUCUUGUGAGUUAUUGGGAGGAAAGACCAAGAGACAUUGACAUUARAUUUUCCUAAAAAUUAGCUUCCAGCUAGCAAAAGCCCAGUGUAAAAACACAAAACGUAACCCUACAGCCUGGUUAUUUUGGYAUGCUUCAUAAUGUAUAUUUUCAAAGAUAUUUUGGUAAGAAAGGUAUGAUUAUAAWUUAGCUCAUUACUUUUUCAUCUGUGUACAACCAAAGAACCAGUUUAUUGACAGAAAAACUGGCUUGUUAGGCAAACUAUUUUUUGCUACAAAACACAGCUUGUGUCAAGUGAGAUUAUCUGGGCAAAUUUUGAACAGAGUAAGAAAAAGAAAACAAAGAAAAGAAARAACAGAAAUGUACUGUUUUGUAAACCGUCACUGUGUAUCAGUGAAUGCAUUUUUUAAAAAUAGAUUCCUUAAAACCUUCUCAUCAGCAUGUACGCUUGUCAAGUUCACACUGGUAGCUAUAAAUUUAACAAAUUUUGAAAAAGAAGAAUGCUUUUGAAAUUUUUGACAGUAACUUAUUUAUUUACCAUUUUUUCAGAUUAACUUCUUUCAGGGAAAUCUCCUGGUGUGGCUUGGUUGUUUUAUUCAGUUCUGUCAGCUGAAGCUACAUGGAUCAAACAUUAGUAAUCCACCUUGCAUAAACACACUGUCAAAACUCUUGAAUGUUUACGGUUGCCUUGGUAAUUUGCUGUCUGUUAGCCAAUGUCUGCUAGAAGAAGUUGUUUACUGAACGGUCGUUAUGAUAACACAGUCUAAUGCAGACACCUCUAUGUGACUGAAAUAAAACAGGCCAYAUGUUGGGGAGAUUGCCUUUGGGAUUUCCCUGCUUGGAGUUUAGUCUACAAAAAAUACAUUUGAUGCAUGCUUUUUGUGCAUAUUUCAGUAUUGGGACAGCUAAUGUUAACAGUGACUUCUGGAAGUAUAACUUUAUUAUGC